UAUUACUGCUUUGACUGCCGCUGCUUCUCAGCCGGUGUAUGCUAGAUUGUCAGAUGUCUUUGGUCGUUUGGAAUUAUUUAUCGUUGCGGUUUUGUUCUAUGUUGUUGGUACAAUUAUUGAAUGCCAGUCGCCCACCAUCAAUGCUUAUGUUGCAGGUGCUGUGUUAUACCAAAUUGGAUACAGUGGUGUACUUAUCGUCUUGUUGUUCAUAUUGUCUGAUUUCUCUACUUUGAGAUGGAGAUUGUUUUUUUCAAUCUGCCCAGCACUUCCUUUCAUCAUCAACACUUGGAUUUCUGGUGAUGUCACCAGUGCAGUGGGUAUGGACUGGAAAUGGGGUAUCGGUAUGUGGGCCUUCAUUUUCCCAUUAGCCUGUAUUCCAUUUGUCUGCUGUAUGAUCCACAUGAGAUGGUUGGCAGGUAAAACUCCAGAAUGGGUUGAGUUUAAAAAGAAGGAAACCCUUUAUCAGAAAUUUGGAUUCUGGGGAUUCAUGAAGUAUUUGUUUUGGAAGUUAGACUGUAUUGGAUUGCUUUUGAUGGUCGUUGCAUUAGGUUGUUUAUUGGUUCCAUUAACUUUGGCCGGUGGUUUAAGUGAAAAAUGGAAACAAGGUAAUAUCAUUGCACCUAUUGUCAUUGGCUGUGUUUUACUUCCAAUAUUUUGUGUUUGGGAGUACUUUGCCAAGGAUCCAAUCAUUCCAGUUACCUUAAUGAAGGAUCGUGGUAUCUGGUCCGCUGGUUUGAUUUCGUUCAUAUAUGAUUUUAUUUAUGCCAUUGAAGCAAGUUACUUGUAUACCGUUUUGAUUGUUGCUGUUGAUGAAUCUGAGAAGUCGGCAACUAGAAUUUCCAGUCUUUCGUCUUUUGCAUCAACGGUUUGUGGUGGACUUUUUGGGCUAUUCAUUGUCUACAUACGUCGUUUGAAAGGAUUCGUCAUUUUCGGUUGUUCUUUGUGGAUGGUUGCUUUUGGUAUCAUGUACCACUUUAGGUCCUCAUUGAGUGCACACAGUGGUAUCAUUGGUGGUCAAAUCGUCAUGGGUAUUGGUACAGGUUUCUUUUCAUACCCACUUACUGUCUCUGCUCAAAGUUGUGUCAAUCAUGAACAUAUGGCAGUUAUUACAUCUGGUAUCUACACCCUUUACAGAAUUGGUUAUGCAGUUGGUUCUUCUGUUGCUGGUGCCAUUUGGUCACAAACUUUACUCAAGCGUUUGGAAAAAUAUCUUGAUGCAACUACAGCUGUAAGUGUUUAUGGCAGUCCUUAUGUAUUUGCAGAAACUUAUGCAUGGGGAACACCAGAAAGAGAAGGGGCCACAAAAGCUUAUGGUGAAAUACAAAGAUUGUUAAUGAUUGUUGCUAUAUGUUUUGUUGCACCAAUGAUUAUAUCAGCACUCUUUUUAAGAGAUAGAAAGCUUACUAGAGAACAAACCAUUGAAAAUGUUGAGGAGGAAAAUGAAAAAGAUUCAUUGGGUAAUUUCGUAAAAAGUCUAGGUUUCAAGAAGACUGAAAGGUCUUAA